AUGGAGACCGACCAUGUUCCCCAGCCGGAGAUGUCUCACGAUGACACGUUGGGCGGGCUCGAGGGCAGCCCGCACGCCAGCAGUAACGGCAACCGGCGUCACAUGCAGUCACAGUCUUUUGACCACGGCCUGACCAACUCGCCCCGCCAAGACGAGAUGGACCCCAAUGCACGGUACUCGGCAACGCCCCCGAUCCCCCAACAGAUCAGCCGGCCGCCCUCAGGCCUCUCCGGCGGCCAGGGCGGCUACAACAGCGCGGAUCACGUAUCGCGCGGCAGCGGCGCGCACGCCGAGGCCGCGGCGUCGCAGUCCAACGGCCGCAACCACGUCGUGAUCAAGGUCGGCAUGGUCGGCGACGCGCAGAUCGGCAAGACCAGCCUGAUGGUCAAGUACGUCGAGGGCAGCUGGGACGAGGACUACAUCCAGACGCUCGGCGUCAACUUCAUGGAGAAGACGAUCAGCAUCCGCAACACCGAGAUCACCUUCAGCAUCUGGGACCUGGGCGGCCAGCGCGAAUUUGUCAACAUGCUGCCCCUCGUCUGCAACGACGCCGUCGCCAUCCUCUUCAUGUUCGACCUGACGCGCAAGAGCACCCUCAACAGCAUCAAGGAGUGGUACAGGCAAGGGCGGGGGUUCAACAAGACGGCCAUCCCCAUAUUGGUGGGCACAAAGUAUGACCACUUUGUCAACUUCCCGAGGGAGGACCAGGAGGAGAUAUCAAACCAGGCCCGACGGUUCGCCAAGGCGAUGCGUGCUGCCCUGAUUUUCAGCAGCACUAGCCAUAGCAUCAACGUGCAAAAGAUCUUCAAGAUUGUGCUUUCCAAGGCGUUUGACCUCAAGUGCACCAUCCCCGAAAUUGAAAACGUCGGCGAGCCGCUGCUAUUGUACCAGUCUUGCUAG